UUGUGCAGUAUGUAGACAGCGACGGAGCCUAUUGUCCUCGCAGCUUGUACGAUUGUAACAGUCUAGAAUCAGAACUGCAUUCAUCUGCAGACCUCAUCAUUACGCCAGAAUUCAUGACGUCCUCGGAUGAUGACAAUUACAUUGGAGAAAUUUGCAAGUUCUUCAAACGUGCGGAGUGUUCCGAUCCAGUCUUGAGCCAGUGUAAAGGUGAAGUGAUCUAUGCUACAAAGGCUUUCAAACUUCGGCAGCAAUAUAUCUGUGGCGAAAGAUUCACGAGAAAAGGUUUACAAAGUAUGAAGACGUGCGUGCAUAAGUUCAACCGUCACUUCUCAACGUGCCAUCAGAAACGUCACACACUACUUGAAGAAGCUGCGUAUGUCACCCAGACAACAUCAGACUCUGGCCCGUGGUGCAACCUGACCAAGGACUACAUCACCUGUGUGUACAGCGUCAUGGCUCUUGGGUGCACCAUGGAAGUCGCCGAGGAAUACAUGGAAACAGUCAACCAAUCAGUGCCCGUUUUGGAGGCGGUGUUUGGUCAUCGAUGCGCAUUUGGUCAUCCUUUAGAUCUUCUAAAGACAUCAGUACCAGGGCUAGAAAGUACUUCCAGCACGCAGAACCAGCACGAAGAUGACUAUGGGGUGGGCAGACGCUUUUCUCCCGUGUCUCGAAGAUCUGCAGCAGGAAAACAUCACCAUUCGUACAGUCUCAUAAUAUUAAUUCUUUCCAUUCGUGUUUAUUGUUUGAUACAAGAACGCUGUAUAGGAUGUGUGCACUUGGCUGCAGAAACUACUGGGCUAAUUAUCAGGUGA